AUGUUUGAGCAAACAGAUCAGUGCCUUGCCUAUCGCCUCUUUGUCUUCCAUCAUCAGCGGGUCCUUUCCGGUGGAAAUUCAGCUUUUCUUCGGGUCAAUUUGGAUGCGCCUGGGCGGAUUGCAAAGUCAUUUCUCAUCAAGGCUAAUUCGUCGAAACUCAACCCACUCACUAUUGUAGCUAGAAGCUGGCUGGUGACGCCGUACGAGGUAAAGCACCGAUACUUUGAUUCGGCGAAGACGAUUGUGCACACCAUUCCCACCCUCACGAACUUCCGUGAGCUGACCAAUCCUGCGCAUGCGGACCUAUACUUUGCUGCUAGCAAUGAGACGCUGACCUCGGCAUGA